GGUCAGAUAUGGAGAUACUUCUUCUAAUAAUUUAUAAAAUGAUUGCUGAAUCAUUCUGGUAUAAUUAAAAAAUUGAUCAGGAAAGUUUUUUAAUUCCUGAAAGAGAGUGUUGAAAUAUCCUAAUUUUUGUCGUUGCUGAUUAAUGGGAUGUACCUACCACUUUCUGGAACGUUUGUUUUUAUUUUUUUUAAUAUUUAAAAUAUGCUUGAUCAUCAGCAUUAAUAAUUCACAAUUUAAAAGAACAAUAUUUAGUUCUAAAUCACGAUCCAUAUUUUUUAAAUGACAAAUUUAUGUUCACUUAAUUAUUUAUUUAGCUUUUCAUUGAAAAACUUCAAAGAAAAAUUCUAUUCAAAUCUGCCAAUUGUUUUUGAACAAAACAAUUUUUGUGUUACAUCUUUCUGUGUUCAUUUCAUUAAAGUUGAUAUCUGUAGUGAGAGAUAAUUAUAAGAAAAUGUCUGAAGAAGCGAAACAAGGAGAUGAAUUAUUAAUAUCGUUAGUGAGAUCAUAUGAGCAUUUGUGGGAUAAGAAUAAUGAAAACUAUAAGGAUCAUCAAAUGAAGGAGACGUCAUGGUCAGAAAUAGCAUCAGCUAUGGAUAUGACUUCUCACAAUUGUCAAUCACGAUGGAAAAGGUUGAGAGGGUAUUUUUCUAAAGAGAGAAAGAAAAGAGGAGACGAAGCAAGAAGUGGUAGCAAGGGAGAGGUUCGAAAGCCUUGGCCACUAUAUAAAGUGAUAAAUUUUUUAGAAGAAACAAUGCACAGGAGAAGAACGUAUUCAAGUUUCAAAGAAAAAGAUGACUUAGAAAAUAAAAAUUCAGAAGAAGAAAAAAAAUCAAAGAAACAAAAAAUAAAUGAAGCUAAUAAGUCAAGGUGUAUAAUAAAAGAAGAACAUUCUUACAAAAAAACUAAAGGAAAAUGUAAUGAGUCAAGUGAAAUGUUAAAAGCAUUUAGUACAGUUAGUUCUUCGAUCCAAAAAAUAAACGAAAAAAUAUUAAAUAAAGAGGAAAGUAGAGAUGAGGCGUUAUGCAAAAUGAUUUUAAGAGAAUUACAAGAGAGUACAGGAUCAAAGAAAAAGACUUUGAGAAAAAAAUUAUUGAAAGUUAUUGUUGAAAAUUUGGAAUCAGAUAGUGAAUAAAUUUAUUGCGUAAUUAAUAAUUUAUAUUCUUGAAAAAAAUAUUAACAACUUUU